AUGAACAACAACCAUCCCACACGAAACCCAAAUCAGGGUCCACCAGCACCACUUCCAGCAACAAACCAGGGUCCCCCCCAGCCACCUCCGCCCCUGAAUUUGCCACUUCCUCAAGCUCCCGGCUCAAAUCCUGAAAAUUAUAUGAUGCCUCUUGGUUAUGUCAUGGGUACUCCAAUGUACCCUUCCAACACUAUGAACUAUGUACACCCGCAACUAGACCAGCCGCCAUGGCCCCAGACCUACUCGCGUGGCACAGAUCCCCGCUACUUUCACCAGUCGCAAGUUCAAUCUUCGCCGUUGCCUCAGCAAGUUGAGCAGCCGUUCCAAAAACCUCAACCACGUCCAAACUCCGGGCUGCCAGCUUAUACGCCGCGUGAACCCCCUCAGCAGGAGAGCAUUCAAGAAGAAAGGCUGGCGGCUGGUCCGAAAACCGUAGCGAAUUUACCGCGAAAAAGAGCGCUCACUGCCUGUGAUGCCUGUCGAAUAAAGAAAGUCAAAUGCGAUAAUGUGCGUCCUAAAUGCGGAUCUUGUAUAAAAAACAAGAUUCACGAAUGCCACUACAAGUCGGAUGACCCAUACAAAGAUUACUCAAAUUUGGACGCCGCAUCGCUGGCAAUCAUGAUGAAAUUGGACGCUAUCAUUCGAGACGUCAAACAAAUCAAAGGCGAACGGGCUCCAGAUUCUGUCUCCGUCACACAUACUGUUCGCUCUGCCAUCUGGGACAUGUCCGUCAGCUCCAUCCUUCGAUGGAACUACUUCCAGCAGUGCUCGGGAAUAUCCCAAGAGACGGUUGAUCUGAAGAUUACGAGUAUAAGUAGCCGACUUUUGCGGCCUCUGCCGGAUCCCAUAGGCAAGAAAUGGCGCCAGGUGAGCUCUCUGCAAUUCCACCGAGAUAUCGAGAACUUUAUUGCUGCCAAUGUCACCAGCUUGUACAACUCAUUUUUCCUCAAUUGUCACACAAAAAUUCCAAUUUUGGACAUCCAGCAGAUCUUGGGAAUGUUUGAAAUCUUCAUUCUCGUGAAGAGAGCCCAUCCGUCGGUAACGCUUCCCAAAAUCUUGGAUGAUUUUAGUGAUCAAGGCGAUGGUCCAUCGUCAUUAUAUUCAUCUUCGUUAAAAUCUUGUGGUGCCAAAGACCUCCUCUACAGGAGAGAAGCCUACAAGAGGCUCUGCGAAUCCACCCCAUUUUUUCUCAUGGUUGUCUCCUUGGGACUUUUGAGCACGGAGAUUCAGUUGAACAACAUCACCGAGUUUGCUAAUUCGAUCUCGGAAAGAGACUCACUUUCUUUCAGCUGCCUCGAUUCCAAUGCAACAAUUCCAGAAAAUCUUCCUGCCAGCAGAAUGGAGUUAUCUCGCUUAAUAGCAGAGUACGCCAGAUACAUUUCCAUCCUAUACCCUGCCACUGCAGAGGAGCAUUCCCCUUCCAAAAUCAUGUACCAUCUUUUGUUGAGUCAAUUUGAGCUUCUUGCUUUGCGUCCCUUGGCAGCCUAUAAAGAAGUGGUGACUUCGUGCCAGCAAAUGGUGUAUCAUUUGCAAGGGACCAAGUACAAGCAGUUGGACGAGUCGGCUCAGGAACGCACCAAUCUAUUAUUUUGGGGCUGUCUCAAACUUGAGAAUGAGCUUCGUACGGAGUUGUCUCCUUCAGUUCCUUCCAGUGGAAUCAAUGAUAUCGUUCCACCCAUUGCAUUUCCCAAAGUUCCAAGAUCUGCCAUUUCACAAGACGACAACGAAAGCGAUGUUCCUGGAGAAUUGAAGGCUUUGUCGUAUAAUUACGUCGACAGGCAAUCGUGGUACUUUUUCUUGACGGAAAUUGCGUUUCGAAAAGUAGACAACCUUAUGUACGAAGACUUUUUUCUUCAAGAUCAUGUCACAGCACAAACGUGGGAUUCCCCUGAUUUCAGCAGCUGCCAUGUGUGGCACAAUGUGGUCAAAUACUUGAACCAGUAUAAUGGCAUUAUCAACUCACUCAAUCCAAAGGUUCGAGAUUUCGUGUUGCAAGAGGUGAACAACGAACAGAUAUACAAAAAUAUCAAGAAGAAAUGGACGAAACUCAAGAGUCCUGCUUCCAAGGAACCAGACGUGCUCGAUCAGUUGGACGAAUUUCUCAUGGACGAUGAUUUGUUAAUUAAGAUGCAAUCUGAAUCCAUCAUAUUUAUCAAAAGUCGAAUCGUUUCCUCCAAGUUACUUCUUUUUCGUCCUUUGGUGUACUUGAUUCUUGAGGACAAAAUUGGGCCGUCUGAGCUUUUCGAAGCUGUACUCUCGGUUCUUCACACGGAAAUGUCACGACAAAACGCAAAGCAGUAUUUGAGCAGCGACGAUGUGUCUUCAACCCACGAGUCUUCUGGGGGGUUUUCCAACUGGGAUGAUGUCGAACUCAACUAUCAGAACUUGAUGCAAGCUCCAAACGUGUACCAAAAGCUGUAUCCCGAUGAGGAUUUCUCGCUGCUCAUUGAGUACGACGAACCUUCAAAAGCUGAUCCGCUAAAGUUCAAGCUUACUAGCGUCGACGAAGCACGAGCAAAAGUUUUGAGAGCAUUUGUUCAGCAUCUAAUUUCCAUUCCAAAGCUAUCGAUGCCCAAAAUUUUGUCGCACAGACACCCAGGUACAUGGUAUGUUAUCCGCAAUACCGUGAUUGGAGUCAUCUAUAUGUUUUUGCUUUAUCUGAAAAUUACUGGGUUGUUGAUGGAAUGUGCUCGAAACCCGGUUUUCCAAAAACUCCUCAGUGGCCAGCCUGACGUGCUGAGUCCAGAAGACAUGGCCAAAAUGGUUGACUCGGUGAUUCUGAAGCAAUCGGUGAUGUCUAACCUCGAACAUACAAGCUUUGUUCUUGAGUACUUGAAAGACGAAUGCCCAGAUUGCGAGGUAUACCUCGAAAUUAUCAAUGGUCUAAUGGAAAAGCUACAGUAA